ACUGAAGAUGACCGUCGCGACAUGUCCGCUCGUCCUGCGCCCAAGCGCCCGGCCCCAGUUGAAGCCGAUGAAGAUGGUCGUGACCAGCCUCGAAAGCAUGUUCGCGAUAUGAACGAUGUGUCCGCUUCCAAGAAGCGCCACGAAGGCGACAAUGACAAGUACACACGAUCCCGUUGUAAGAUAGUGUGUCACUUCAAGGAUGUCAAUGUUGACACUGUGUUUUCAGAUAUCGACACGACCUUCCUUCGUCAAGCCAUCACCGAGUCGAAUGAACAGAGACGCCGCAACACUGAACCGAUGUUGACCGUCAAGGACAUUGUUCUUCAGAAUCCAGAGUUGCUCGCACUCUAUGUCGAUUUCAAAUCCACUUCUCAUUGGAGUGGUGGUAUCUAUGGUUAUUGUGACAGAAUCGUCUUCGAAUUUGUCCAAACCCACAAAUUUGACUUAUAUCGUGAUCAUUCGACAGUGUUUAUUCCCACUCCGUUCUUCGAAACUAGAAAUGGUUUCUCGAAGUACCAUCCCGUCCUCGCCCCGUACAUUGCUGUUAGGGAUAGCUUCUGCUUGUUCUCCACUUUGACUGCACACUUGGCUGUUCUUUUGCCUUUCUGUUUGUUUGUGUGUAGCUUUGCAGUUCCCCUCCAAUUUUCCGCC